AUGGCGAGUUUGGCCGCUUGUUCAACUGCAAAGGCAUUUGCUGAAUUCCCCGCCCCGUUUUCUUUCUCGGCAAGGAGAUUUUCUAAUGAAGUUUAUCUACCGUGCAACCGUCGAUCCAGCGCUGCGAUGCGUAUCUGCGGAGCGUUGUCGGUGUCGGCGGCGCCGGCGCCGGCGAAGCCGGACGAUCUGGUGGACAGACUCGUGUCCAUGGUCGUGCAAACAGAUAGAGGGGUUCUACUAAGCAAGGAUGAGCAUCAAAAGGUUGCGGAAGUGGCUAAUGAACUGCAGAGCUUCUGUGUUGCAGAGCCAGUGAAGUGCCCUCUCAUAUUUGGAGAGUGGGACGUGCUGUAUUGUUCAAACCCGACGUCGCCGGGCGGCGAAUACCGGAGUGCAUUAGGUCGAGUUUUUUUCAAAACCAAGGAUAUGAAACAGGUUGUGGAAGCUCCUGAUACUGUCAACAAUUGUGUAACCUUCUCUCUUAUGGGCUUUGUAGAUGGUGAAGUUUCAUUGAAGGGAAAACUGAGGGCUUUGGAUGAAGAAUGGAUCCAAGUAGUGUUCGAGCCACCCGAGCUCAAGGUUGGAGGACUGGAGUUCACAUACGGUGGCCAGAGCGAAGUGAAACUUCGAAUCACAUAUAUAGAUGAGAAGAUCCGGCUCGGAUUAGGUUCCAGAGGCUCCCUCUUUGUCUUCCAGCGGCGCAAACCAUCGAUUUGAGUAUUACAUACUUCCUCGGAAGACAAACUCAUAGUGUAUCCGCGUAAAUGUAUGUAUGUUCUUGUAAGAUCUUGUUGCUUCUUGAAAGAGAUGGUGUUAUUAUCUUCAA